GCGCGAUACGUUCGAUAUCGUUUGUAAAUAAAUGGAAGUGUGACAUGUGUACCUUUAAAUUCUAGGUUAGAUAUAACUUUUAUCCAUAGCGUUAAUUAAAAUAAAAGAAAGAUGACAGAUCGCAAUCAGGAGGACAAUGAAGGUGGAUUGCGCGCUGACGGUAGAAGAGCGUUAGAACUGAGGCAAAUCCGUAUGCGAAUGGGAGUGUUUGGACAAGCGGACGGCAGCGCGUACAUAGAGCAUGGCAACACGAAAGUUUUAGCCGCAGUAUACGGUCCUCAUCAGCCAAAAAGCAGUUCGUCAAGGAAUAGUACAAAAGCUCUUAUAAAUUGCCAGUAUAGUAUGGCUGUAUUUAGUUUUACCUCUGGAGAACGGAAGCGAAGACCCAGGGGAGAUUGGAAGUCUCAAGAGAGAUCGGCUCAGUUACGCCAUGCGAUGGAAGCCAUAAUACACUUGGAGUUAUAUCCACGUUCUCAAAUUGAUAUCUUUGUAGAAGUUUUACAAGUCGAUGGUAGUGAUUACUGCGCAUCUGUGAAUGUAUCGACGCUUGCGUUGAUCGACGCUGGAAUUCCGAUUAAGAAUUAUGCUAUAGGCUGUACUGUAUCUCUCAUUAACAAACUGACAACAGAAGAAGAAGAUAAGAUGUUAGCAGCAGGCGUAUUAGACGCGAACUAUGUAGAAGAAUGUUCACCAGGAGUUACCUUGUCUGUUGUCGCAUUACUAGACACAAAUAACGAAAUUGAAGCAGAUGGGAGUGGUUUGAUAGUAGUGGCACAUGGAGCAGGACAGAGAUUACAUUUGUCACGUUUGGAAGUGCUCAAACAACGCGCCUUACAAGGUUGUCAAGAUAUAAAGGAAAUACUGGAUGGUGGUGUGAAGCAUCAUCUAACUGCGAAUCUAUUGCCUUCUUUUCUACAUAACUCUCUCGAGUAGCAAGAAAGAAGCAAUAUAUUUCACACAGCUGUAAUGCAUUUUAUAAUUAAAUAUCUUGUACAAUUUAUUAGAAAAUUUUUUCUUGUAAGAUCUAUAACAAAUACCAGAUGAUUAUUUAUAUAUUCUC